CUUACCCGAUUAACGCACAGUGGCGAACACGGGAUGCCGCAUGACACUGGGUCUGUCGUCAUUGCUAGCUUAAACACCAUGUUCACUCCGCAUGUGCCAGAUCGUGAACGGGGUACGGGAUCAGUGUCUCUGCUCGAAUUUGCCCUCUAUUGACAAAAACAACAAGAACAAAACAAACAAAAACACCACCGGGAUAUAAUCUUUCCAGGAAGUUUUACACUUUAUCAAGAGUUCACAUUCGUUUUGCUGACGAAAGGAGAAGAACCAGCUUCUGACAUAUGAUUUUGGUUACCAACAUGCCGGAGAUGAUGAGUCUAACGUCCGUAUUCAUGAUUAUGUCUUUGGCUUGGCAGUCAGCGCAUGCGCUGGACACAGAAACGUUCCAAAAGAAUCUCACCAGAAUGAAGGCGAUGGAAAAGAUCAAGCACGAAAUAUUGCGGGGACUGGGCCUGAACAACCGGCCCAUCGCCUCCCCGCCCAACCAGAAGAGUCUGUACGUCCUGUCACACAACAUCACCAACCCCAAGGGAAGACCGGCGGAGGUGAACGAAAUCAUCAGCUUCUCUGAGGCACCCGAAAAUUUCACCGACGACAGCAUCAUUCAAUUCCACCUUGCACACGACACGCGUAACAAACAUUUCACCGUGAAGAGUGCCAGUCUACUUAUCCGGGUUAAGACGAAGUUACGUCACAAACGCCGUUCUAAAUCUUCAAAAGCUGGUGCCACUCUUCGCGAGGGUGGGAAAAAGAAAAGACACAGAAUUCGCGGUCGGAGAAUUUCACUGAUGGUUUACACAGUAGGGGAUGAUGGAGAACCACAAGAUAAGAUAGCUGCUGUAAAAUCGCGCAUUAAGAAGAACAAAUGGUUUAAGGUCACCUUACCACAAACGCUGAUGCAAAAUCUAGUAGAUUCUUCAGACGGUAUGUUACUAUUGUCCGUUAAGUGCAAGGGUUGUCGCAGAAACACCAAAAUGGUUAUGGUUCAUUCCGGCAAAAGGAGGAAAAGACAACUAAAAAAAACGAGACAGCUUAAAAAAUUCAAGCUGAAUUCAAGGAGACCUUUUUUAAUUCUUCAUACAAUGAUUGAAUCGAGGACUAAAAGGAAUAUUGAAGUACAGUGCAAUUAUCGCCGACGCAAUCGGUGUUGCAAAUCCAUCAUCGACGUGAAUUUCCGGGACAUUGGCUGGGAUGACUGGAUUCUCUCCCCUAGCAGUUUCACCACGGCGUACUGUUCUGGGGUGUGCGUCGGUCGGAACACGCUGGCGAAUGAGACCGAAUGCGUCCCUACGAAACGAAAGUCAUUGCGUUUGAUAUACCAAGGACCCGGAGCGGUAUACACCAGCAGCGUGUUACCAAAUUUUGUAGUGACAAGAUGUGGAUGCCAAAAUUAAUCUAGAUUCUGAUUUAAAGAAUACAAAAUAAGGUGUUCAUGAAGUACAUGACAUGACAUGGAUUGCCUGUGCGGUUUCUAUUCCAGGCGCGUGUGAAGAAACUUGU